GCCACCGGGGCUCAGAACGUGUGGCUGAGGGCACAGAUGGCUUCGGCAGGCCUGGAGCUCCUGGGGAUGACCCUGGCCGUGCUGGGAUGGCUGGGAACCCUGGUGUCCUGCGCCCUGCCACUGUGGAAGGUGACCGCCUUCAUCGGCAACAGCAUCGUGGUGGCCCAGGUGGUGUGGGAGGGGCUGUGGAUGUCCUGCGUGGUGCAGAGCACGGGCCAGAUGCAGUGCAAGGUGUACGACUCGUUGCUGGCGCUGCCCCAGGACCUGCAGGCUGCCCGCGCCCUCUGUGUCGUUGCCCUGCUGCUGGCCCUGCUUGGCCUGCUGGUGGCUAUCACAGGCGCACAGUGCACCACCUGCGUGGAGGAUGAGGGUGCCAAGGCCCGCAUCGUGCUCACAGCGGGAGUGAUCCUUCUCCUGGCCGGCACCCUGGUGCUCAUCCCGGUCUGCUGGACAGCCCACGCCAUCAUCCAGGACUUCUACAACCCGCUGGUGGCCGAAGCCCUCAAGCGGGAGCUCGGGGCCUCCCUCUACGUGGGCUGGGCAGCGGCUGCCCUGCUUAUGCUGGGCGGGGGGCUCCUUUGCUGCACCUGCCCCCCAGCCCAGUUGGAGCCACCCCGUGGGCCUCGGCUGGGCUACUCCAUUCCCUCCCGCUCGGGGGCUUCGGGGUUGGACAAAAGGGACUAUGUGUGAGGUGGAGGCGUGGGCUGCAGGCCACCUGCUCC